AUGAUAACACUAUCCGAUGCUAAAGUGGCACGACGAGUAGACUGUUCACCAGUCAUAAUUUACUAUGUUGAGGAUAUGUUUACAAUACAGGAGGAUGAGGUGAAAACAGAUCUGGCUCAAUGCCAUAACGAACAUCACUUCAGGACUGCUAACCUGAGCUGGCUGUAUGGCUGUGGAUUCGCUCGCAGAGAAGCAGCGCUUUUAGAUUUCGCUCAUAUUGUGCCGUGA